AUGUCUCCCCGUCACCUCCCGUCCGUUCACAAAGAAUUCCCUUCCUCCCGUCUUGUUCACAAAAGACGAUCAUGUCUCGCACCUCCGUCCGGGGAAUUCCCUUCCUAUUACUUGUUCACAAAAAGACGAUCAUGUCUCGCACCUCCCGUCUGUGGAAUUCCUUCCCUAUUACUUGUUCAACCUCCGUCCGUCAAUUCCCUUCCUAUUACUUGUUCACAAAAGACGAUCAUGUCUCGCACCUCCCGUCCGUUCACAAAGAAUUCCCUUCCUAUUACUUGUUCACAAAACGAUCACGAUCAUGUCCCUUCCUAUUACUCCCGUUCACAAAAGAAUUCCCCUCCCGUCCGAGGAAUUCCCUUUGUUUACUUGUUCACAAAAGACGAUCAUGUCUCGCACCUCCCGUCCGGGGAAUUCCCUUCCUAUUACUUGUUCACAAAGACGAUCAUGUCUCGCACCUCCCGUCUGAAAUUCCCUUCGUAUUACUUGUUCACAAAAGACUAUCACGUCUCGCACCUCCCGUCCGAGGAAUUCCCUUCCUAUUACUUGUUCACAAAAGACGAUCAUGUCUCGCACCUCCCGUCCGAGGAAUUCCUUCCUAUUACUUGUUCACAAAGACGAUCAUGUCUCGCACCUCCCGUCCGAGGAAUUCCCUUCCUAUUACUUGUUCACAAAAGACGAUCAUGUCUCGCACCUCCCGUCCGGGGAAUUCCCUUCCUAUUACUUGUUCACAAAAGACGAUCAUGUCUCGCACCUCCUGUCCGAGGAUUCCCUUCCUAUUACUUGUUCACAAAAGACGAUCAUGUCUCUUUUUUUUCCCCGUCCGGGGAAUUCCCUUCCUAUUACUUGUUCACAAAAGACGAUCAUGUCUCUCGCACCUCCGUCCUCCCGUCCGAGGAAUUCCCUUCCUAUUACUUGUUCACAAAAGACGAUCAUCGCACCUCCCGUCUGUGCAAUUCCUCCCCCCGUCCGAGGAAUUCCUCACAAAAGACGAUCAUGUCUCGCACCUCCCGUCCGUUCCUUCCUAUUACUUACGAUCAUGUCUCGCACCUCCCGUCCGUCCGAGGAAUUCCUUCCCUAUUACUUGUUCACAAAAGACGAUCAUGUCUCACCUCCCGUCCGACCUUCCUACUUGUUCCGACGAAUUCUCUUCCCGUCUGA